UAUCCAACUUGCACUCGUUUAUCGUUACGCGAUUUCUUUUUUGUUUAGUUAUCUGGCAAACUGAGUAAAAUCUGUAUUACUGAAGUAUAAUGUACUAAAUGUCAACUAUUAUAAUGACGUUCCGGUGAAAACCUUUCGAGUGCUAGCGUGUGAUUGUGUUUUAUUAUUAUAUAAAUAUAUUUUUGUGUAUGAAAUUUUCAAUCGUACAAUCAUGUUGGGUUGGCUAAGAAAAGAUGAUAGCAAAAAAAUUGAAACGUACGAAUCCGUGUUGGAUGGAUUGCGGGAAAAGUAUAAGACUAAACUUUUGCCUCUUGAACAAGCUUAUCAAUUCCAUGAUUUCCAUUCACCUCAGCUGGAUGAUCCUGAUUUUGAUGCAAAACCAAUGAUCUUGCUUGUUGGUCAAUAUUCAACAGGCAAAACUACUUUUAUCAAGCAUCUGCUGGAGUCAGAAUUCCCUGGCAUACGGAUCGGACCAGAGCCAACAACUGACCGAUUCAUUGCUGUCAUGUAUGAUGACAAAGAAGGCAUAAUUCCAGGAAAUGCAUUAGUUGUAGAUCCUAAAAAACAAUUUAGACCAUUAUCGAAAUUCGGUAAUGCGUUCCUUAACCGCUUUCAAUGUUCUAUGGUUAAUUCACCUGUACUCAAAGGAAUUUCAAUAGUUGACACACCUGGUAUUUUAUCAGGUGAAAAACAAAGGGUUGAUAGAGGUUAUGACUUUACCGGCGUACUUGAAUGGUUUGCUGAGCAUGUAGAUAGAAUUAUUUUGCUAUUUGAUGCUCAUAAAUUAGACAUUUCUGAUGAGUUUCGUCGAUCUAUUGAAGCACUACGAGGUCAUGAUGACAAAAUUAGAAUUAUAUUAAACAAAGCAGAUAUGAUUGAUCAUCAACAAUUAAUGCGUGUGUAUGGAGCAUUGAUGUGGUCAUUAGGAAAAGUAUUACAAACUCCAGAAGUAGCUAGAGUAUAUAUUGGAUCAUUUUGGGACAAGCCAUUAAGAUAUGAUGUCAAUAGAAGAUUAUUUGAAGACGAAGAGCAGGAUUUAUUCAAGGAUUUGCAAUCCUUGCCAGGAAAUGCUGCAUUAAGAAAGUUGAACGACUUAAUAAAAAGAGCAAGAUUAGCCAAAGUUCAUGCCUAUAUCAUUAGCGCCCUCCAUAAAGAAAUGCCAGCUAUUUUUAGAAAAGAUGGUAAGAAAAAAGAUUUAAUAAAAAAUCUUGGUACUAUAUACCAAACUAUACAGCGUGAACACCAAAUUUCACCUGGAGAUUUUCCUGAAAUUAAAAAAAUGCAGGAUAUUUUAAUUAACCAAGAUUUUAGUAAGUUUCAAAGUCUUAAACCCCAUUUAUUAGAAGAAGUUGAUAAAAUGCUAGCUAAUGAUAUUGCCAAACUAAUGGCCAUGAUACCACUGCAAGAUGUUGACAAUCGACAAGUUAAUAAUGGAGAUGCUCCUCCACAACAAUCUGCAGUUGUUAAAGGUGGUGCAUUCAUUAGCGUUCAAGAUACUGCUAGUCCAUUUGGCUAUAAACGUGGUGAGGGAAUCGAUGCUGGAAAAGGAGAAACAGGGUGGAUAGUCAAUAAAGAUCGGCAAAAAUACGAUGCUAUAUUUACUAGCCUGGAAAAAUCUGAUGGCAAACUAUCAGGAGCUAUUGCCAAAGCUGAGAUGGUGAAAUCAAAACUACCUAACUCUGUAUUGGGAAAAAUUUGGAAAUUAUCUGAUAUCGACCAUGAUGGUUUCUUAGACGCAGAUGAAUUUGCUUUGGCUUUACAUUUAAUACAGGUGAAACUGGAAGGACAUGAAUUGCCAAUGGAAUUACCCGAACAUUUAGUUCCUCCCUCGAAAAGAGAUAUUUGAAUAUAAAUUUUUAAUUUAUUGGAAUACCUUAUUGUGGACUUUGUACUCAGUAUACUUAGAUUCAAAUGAUUACUUAUUGGGCCCUAUUAUUUUUAGUUAAUUAAUAUAUCAAGCAAAUAAAUAUUCCAUAUUGAACCCGCACAAUUUUUCUUUAACAGAACUAUCGCUUAUGUGUAAAUUUUAUUUCCGAAUGAAUCGUAAAUAUUAUUGAAACUUGUUGAGAAAAAGUUUAUAUUAUUAUUUUUAUUAAUUUAUUUUUUUAUUUGUUAAAUUGCAUAACCAAUGCAGCAUUUCAUUAUACGUACCAAUAUCAGUAAAUAUGUGAUAUAUUUAUUAUUUUUAUUAUCAAUGAUAUGGCUGUUUUAUGCCAGUUAUAAUGCACUGUAAUAACUGAUAAGAAACUUUAUAUUUUU